GGAAAGAGCUUUGCCUACCUGCCUACUUGAAGUCUACCUUGCCUUGACGUAAUCCCGUUCAAACUUUUUUCCACCGCCCAUCAGCAUCACUCGUCACCACCACUCAGGCCCCAGGCCCUUCCGAGUUGUGUACCUCCCUCGGCGUCAACGACCAAGAUGCCGCCUCACCUGCCUGACGAAGUUCUCGCAAUCAUCGGAAUCCUACGCAGUUCCAAAUCGACCCGCGAGCGCCCCAACGGCCCAGACUAUGCCACCUUGUCCAAGCUUUGCCGCGUCUCCAAGGGUUUUCAGCAAGUGGUCGAACCCUUUCUCUACGAGUCGAUCUUUCUCGGUGACGAUGAACUCAGCGCUUUUGUGGUUGCUGUUGAACACAAGCCCUACCUGGGCAGCUACGUCAAGGAGCUCAACAUUUCCAGUGAUGGACUGACGGGCCUCACUCGCUUCUGGCUUCGGAAGCGACUAGAAGAGCGGCAAGACUCAGCCGAUCAUAGUCCUUUCAGACGCGCCAUCGGACUGGCUCUGUUCUGGCUCAAGCUUUGCGGUGCUGAUCUCGAAGGCAUCUAUCUGCUGCUUCUGGCCAUGCUGCUUCCGGAGGUCGAGGUCUUGCAUUUCGCACUCAACACAGAGAUGAUGAUGUUUUUCAUCGCCGAGGUGGACCGCCCUGGACCUUUUCCUCGUCUACAACAGGUCUAUGCCGAGUGUGUUGAGGCUGAUUGGGAAGGAUGUGAGAUCGGGAUGCCAGCCCGCCUGUGCGAACCCUUCCUCUCGCCGACAGUGCAGAUUUUUCGCGGCAUUCGUGUCGAGUGGCUGCAGCAUAUCAAGUGGCGAACAGCGGAACGCAUGUCGUUGAAGUCAGUACACCUCGCAAACUCGCUGUGCAAUGGAACAGGCAUGAGUGAUCUUCUCAGUCGCUGUCCCGACCUUGAGACUCUCAGCAUAAAAUGGGCAGAUGAAUACCUCCAGCACGUUACCGAGAACGACUUCCCCUACUACGACGAAAUUGGCGAGGCGCUGAGACGAUAUGGCAAGAACCUCCGAGAGCUCGAGCUGGACUGUCUUCAGGAAUUUCACUACAAUUGCGAUUACUAUCGAUCCGACGAGGAACUGCAACAGGAACAUGUCGGUUCGCUGCAAGAACUGACGCGACUGAAAACGCUCCGUUUGCCCCUUGACGCGCUACUUGGGCAAGAAGUGGACGACACACAUAGCCCGGAAGGGGAGGAGCAUGGGACGAAGCUGCAGGCGCCUGCGCUGACCCUCAGCCAUGUCUUGCCGAGCUCGUUGGAGAAAUUAGAGCUGAUGAGCUGCUCAUCGAGUGAGGUGGAACGUUUGUACGUUCAGAUACACGACCUGCUGGCGACCGGACGCAUGGCAUAUCUGCGUUACAUUUCGGUGAAAGGAUACGUGGGAAAUUUUCAAAGCGAGAUCGCCCCCCUCGGCUGGAACGCCAGUAUCCUUGAGCACCGCUAUACGACCCAGAAAACUUUGCUCAUCACCAGGAAUUGAGGCUCUCGGAUUGCACAGGAACUUGAUGAACCU